ACUGGGAAAGAUGUCAGCGAUCGCCAUACGCGCCUUGACGCCGGACGACUUCGAGGAGGUCGAGGCCUUCCUUGCCGUGCACUUCUUCAAGCAGGAGCCGCUGAUGCUGAUCCCGCAGGCCGAUCCCAACCAGAGCAAAGUAACACCGGCAGAAUCGGAGCUGCACCGCUCCCUCUUGUCGCAGGGCCUGUCGCUGGCGGCCAUCGAUCGGAGCAGCGGUGACCGCAUUGUGGGCGUGGUCUUGGCCGGUGAGAUGGUGCCCGAGGACCUGGAGCGAGAGUUCCAGGAGGUCGAGCAGAAGGAGGUCAAGUGCCUGCUGGACAAGAUCCACAAAUUCCUGGCUGGCAUCGAGAGACGGGCCAAUAUUUUCAAGCAUUACGGCGUCGAGCGGGCCCUGUACCUCUACAUGCUCGGCGUGGACACCUCUGUACGUCGCCAGGGAGUCGGAUCCCGGCUGGUGGCCGCCACUAUCGAGUUGGGCCGCGAGCGGGGCUACCCUGUGAUGGCCUCCACCUGCACCAACCUUCACUCCACGCGCCUCAUGACCGCCCUGCAUAUGGAGUGUGUGCUCUCGCAGAAUUACGCAGACUACAAGGACGAGCGAGGCGAAGUCAUCCUGCGGCCAGGAGAACCGCAUACCAAGGCCAGUGUCGUGGGCAUUCGACUGUAAAGACAGCAGGGCAACGCACCAAAGAAACCACAUAGCUAAGUAGGCAAUGGAAUGGAGGGUUGAUAGAGGGUUUUAAUUUAAGAGAGCAAAGUUAAUUCCUAGCACAAAGAAUAAACUUGUUAGUGGUAAUAUUUUCUUUAGUAAAGGUGCUAUGCAUUAUCAGUAAUAGACAAUUUUUUUAGAAUUUAAUACUACAAGACUUCUUCUUAUCUGGGGCAAUGAUUGAUAUACCGCAGCUUUUGACUAGGGCAACACCAACUACACUUGUUGAGAGCUUUGCUUAUCUCUUAAUAUUGUGUUUUUUAAAAGAAUUGCUUGGCAAAAUGUUAAAAAUUUAAAUAGGAGCAGAAUUUACUAAUGAAGGCUUCAGAAAAAAUAUAAUGAUAAUAAUGAAAAUAUAUCAAGAAAAUUAUAAAUAAAUUUGUAUUCUUAAAGUUUGUAUAUAACCAAGCAAGCAUCCUAA